GCAGUUGCAGGCGAGAGUGCUCUAGACCGAAUGGCUUGUGGACUUGGUGGAAAGCUUGUUCUGCCAAUGAUCAAGGAACACAUUAUGCAAAUGCUUCAAAAUCCUGACUGGAAAUACCGGCAUGCAGGAUUGAUGGCCUUAUCUGCCAUUGGUGAAGGGUGCCACCAGCAAAUGGAAGGAAUUCUAAAUGAGAUUGUAAAUUUUGUUUUACUUUUUCUCCAGGAUCCUCAUCCAAGAGUGAGGUAUGCAGCCUGUAAUGCCGUGGGACAGAUGGCUACAGAUUUUGCACCUGGUUUCCAAAAGAAAUUUCAUGAGAAGGUGAUUGCAGCUCUGCUGCAGACCAUGGAAGACCAAGGCAAUCAACGUGUGCAGGCCCAUGCAGCUGCUGCCCUCAUUAACUUUACUGAAGACUGUCCCAAGUCACUACUUAUUCCAUACUUGGAUAAUUUGGUGAAACAUCUGCAUUCCAUUAUGGUACUGAAGCUUCAAGAGUUGAUUCAGAAAGGCACCAAGUUAGUUUUGGAACAAGUUGUGACAUCCAUUGCAUCAGUUGCCGAUACUGCAGAAGAAAAAUUUGUCCCCUACUAUGAUUUAUUUAUGCCAUCACUGAAGCACAUUGUUGAGAAUGCAGUUCAAAAAGAACUGAGACUUCUGAGAGGAAAAACUAUUGAAUGCAUUAGCCUCAUUGGUCUGGCUGUUGGGAAGGAAAAGUAAUUCAUGCAGGAUGCAUCAGAUGUGAUGCAGCUUUUGUUAAAGACCCAGACAGACUUCAAUGAUAUGGAAGAUGAUGAUCCUCAGAUCUCUUACAUGAUCUCAGCAUGGGCCAGAAUGUGCAAAAUCCUUGGAAAAGAAUUUCAGCAAUACCUUCCAGUGGUUAUGGGACCUUUAAUGAAGACGGCUUCAAUUAAGCCCGAAGUAGCCCUUUUAGAUACCCAAGACAUGGAGAAUAUGAGUGAUGAUGAUGGUUGGGAAUUUGUGAACCUUGGAGAUCAGCAAAGCUUUGGUAUUAAAACUGCAGGACUAGAAGAAAAAUCAACUGCUUGCCAGAUGUUGGUUUGCUAUGCUAAGGAGUUAAAAGAAGGCUUUGUGGAGUACACCGAACAGGUUGUCAAACUGAUGGUCCCUUUACUGAAAUUUUAUUUCCACGAUGGUGUUCGAGUGGCAGCAGCAGAAUCCAUGCCUCUCCUCCUGGAGUGUGCAAGAGUCCGUGGUCCUGAGUAUCUCACACAGAUGUGGCAUUUUAUGUGUGAUGCUCUAAUUAAGGCCAUUGGUACAGAACCAGAUUCAGACGUCCUCUCAGAAAUAAUGCAUUCUUUUGCAAAGUGCAUUGAAGUAAUGGGAGAUGGAUGCCUUAAUAAUGAACACUUUGAAGAACUGGGAGGUAUAUUGAAAGCAAAGCUUGAAGAACAUUUUAAAAAUCAAGAAUUACGACAAGUUAAAAGACAAGAUGAAGACUAUGAUGAACAGGUCGAAGAGUCACUACAAGAUGAGGAUGAUAAUGAUGUUUAUAUUCUGACCAAAGUGUCAGAUAUUUUACACUCAAUAUUCAGUAGCUACAAAGAAAAUGUGUUACCAUGGUUUGAACAGCUGCUUCCAUUAAUUGUCAACCUCAUUUGUCCACAUAGACCAUGGCCAGACAGACAAUGGGGAUUAUGUAUCUUUGAUGAUGUCAUAGAACACUGUAGUCCAGCCUCAUUUAAAUAUGCAGAAUAUUUCUUAAGACCAAUGCUCCAAUAUGUAUGUGACAACAGCCCAGAAGUCAGGCAAGCAGCUGCAUAUGGCCUGGGAGUCAUGGCACAGUAUGGUGGAGAUAAUUAUCGCCCUUUUUGUACAGAAGCACUUCCCCUGCUGGUAAGAGUUAUUCAGUCUGCGGAUUCUAAGACCAAAGAAAAUGUCAAUGCUACAGAGAAUUGCAUCUCAGCAGUAGGGAAAAUCAUGAAGUUCAAGCCUGACUGUGUAAACGUUGAAGAGGUCCUUCCACACUGGUUGUCUUGGCUGCCACUACAUGAAGAUAAAGAAGAAGCUGUUCAGACUUUCAAUUAUCUAUGUGACCUGAUUGAAAGGUAGGAAAGCAGACUGUGACCUUAUUUCCUUCCCCUCCACAGUGCUUCCUGGUUUUUCUUGCCUAACAUCAGUCUUAAGGUUUAACUGCAUGAUCUCUGCACAGU